CCGUGGAGCGGCGGCGGCGGCGGCGGCGGUGGGGGCGGAGGUUGCGUCGCGUCGCGCCGCGAUGCAGGAGAGCUUCGGCUGCGCCGUGGCCAACCGCUUCUGCCAGCUGCUGGACGACGAGUCCGACCCCUUCGACAUCCUCCGCGAGGCCGAGCGCCGCCGGCAGCAGCGCAAGCAGCGCGACGAGGCGGCGGCGGCGGCGGCCAGGAGGGGCGGCGGCCGGGCGGGCGCCGGCAGGAGGGAGUCCCAGAAGGAGCGCAAGCAGCACGGCGGCACCGCCGCCGCCACCGCGCCGCAGCCCGGCCAGAAGCGAGCCCCUAAACGAGGAGAAGAGCAAGGAUGGAAUGACAACAGGAGAGCAGAGAAACAAGACAAAACUGAAUGGAGACCUUCUUUCAGGGAAUACCAUUCCUAUGAAACAGAAAGGCAAACUGAAUUCACAGUUGAAAGACCAGUUGAAAGAGUAGACUGUGAAAGACCAAGAGGUCGUGGAAGAGGAAGAGGUGGAAUGCGAGGCAGAGGAAGAGGUGGUGGAAUAAACAGAAGUUUUGAUGGCUUUGACCAAAGAGGAAAACGGGAAUUUGAAAGACAAAGUGGCAAUGAUAAAACCGGAAUGAGAGCAGAUGACAAAAAGGGUGGAAGUGGAGCUCGCAACUGGGGAACAAUUAGAGAUGAUAUGAGUGAGAUGGAACAGACUGCUCCUGUGGAAGAGACUGCAGAAACAGCUCAGCAGCAAGGGACUUCUGAAGGAGAACCUCUAAACAAAGUUGCUGAAGGGGAGCCAAUGGAAGAAGUAGUUCAAGAAAUGACGUUAGAUGAGUGGAAAAAUCUUCAGCAACAGAAUCGACCAAAGCCUGAAUUCAACAUCCGGAAGCCAGAAUCCACUGUUCCUUCCAAAGCAGUGGUGAUUCACAAGUCAAAAUAUAGCGAUGAUUUGCAAAAGGAAGACUUUGAAGAUGAUUCUCAUGUCUUUCGAAGAGCGGUGAAUGACAUAACAUCUCAGCUGGAUAUUAACUUUGGGAGUCUUCCUCGCCCUGGCCGUGGAUCAAGAGGAGCACGAGGUGGUCGUGGUAGACGAGUCGAAGGGAUGGGACCUCGACCAGAAGUAACGGUGCAAAUUGUUGCUCCAAAUCCUGAUGAUCCUGAGGAUUUUCCUGCUUUAGCUUGAAGGAGCUAUCGUGAAUGUUAUUAUCAACAUAGCUUUGGUGUAGCCUGUGAAGAGGCCAGUUCUACGCUGGUGUGGAAAAGAAGUCUGAGUGUACAGGAAAAACUGUUUUGUUUUGGGUUCUUUUUUGUUUUGGUGUGAAAUGAUUGCACCCCUCUGUUAAUGGAAAUGGGUUCUGGAGAUAACGGCAGACCAGGAUUCUGUCAUAGGGUCCAGUGUCUGCCUCCACGUGUGAAAACUAUGUGAAGGCUUGCAGUACUGUACUACAAGCCUACUACUACUCUACUCUACUUCAAAUGAAGUACAAGGGUAUAGUGCUCGAAAAUGUGUAUAUAGAGAUAAUAUCACGUUCUUCAUGACAGCUUGAUCAAAUGUAAACUUUUGAACAUGGUUUGCGAUUGGGACUCUAUUUCACUGUAGACAUUUUAAAGCUGCUUGCUAUGUUUCUUUGAAGUGUAUUUUACACAGUUAAAAGUUGCAGUUAUUGAGAGAUUGGCAAAUAAAGGAAAGCACUCAUUGGUUUGGGUUUGAGCUAUUUUCACAAGUCAGAGUAGGAGAUUGAAACCUUUUCUGUUUGGCUGUCAUCUGGGAAAAAAAAAAGCGAAUCCUGAACAGCAGAUCUGAUGCAGCUAAAACAGUGAACACCUCUAAACAGAAGGGAUCUUAAGACAGCACAGGUGCUUUUGAUAGCUGACUUUAACAAGUCUUGCUUCAGUAAGAAAUGACAAUUUGCAACUACUUUCAAGAUUCUGAAGGUUAAAUAAAAUAGUAAGACAGAACCAAACUGUUAAGGAAGUUUUUCACUUUUAGCAGGAGAAACGGCAAGCUAAAAUCAUAGAAUCAUAGACUAUCCGAAGGUGGAGAGACCCACAAAGAUCGAGUCCAACUCGUGGCUCCACACAGGACUACCCACAAAUCAGACCCUGUGUCUGAGAGAGUUGUCCAAACACUGCUUGAACUCUGGCAGGCUCGGUGCUGUGACCACUGCUCUGGGGAGCCCGUCCCAGUGCCCGAUCACCCUUGCGUUGAAGAACCUUUUGCUAACACCCAGCCUGACCCUCCCUUGACACAGCAAUAUUUCUUGCCUUAAUAAAAAAUGUGUGUGGCGUUGAGGAUGAGAUGGGAUGGUCCUUUCCUUGCAGUUUUAACAUAUUUCGUAACUUGAGCCAAAUACCCUAACUUGUUUCCUGUCAAAGGGAAUGCUCAGAGCUGUUCUCAGGAAUCAGAGAGAAACAAACAAACAAAUAGCGAAAGAACUGAUGAGGGAAAGAAAUGAGAGGAUAACCAUGUUGGACGUUUUGGAAGUAACUGCCACCCUCAAAAGAAUGUCCAAAUGCCUGUUGAACUUGAACUCAUUCCCUCAGUUUACUGGAAAAGCAGGAUGGUUAUAGACCUUUCUUCCUGUUUUCUGCCUCACUUUGUUUUGUAUCACUUCCAAACAAUCUCCUUUGAGAGCAGAUAGUAGAUGAGACUUGAAUUAACAAUCUGUUCUGCCUUGGAGUGAGCUCUUAGGGCACUCAGAAACUUAAAAUAUCUCAUCUCCAUGGUAAGGCUUCAUGCACUUAGAUAUAAUCAUUCUAGAAAGACCACUGACAUUCUUCUGUAUGCUCCAAACAGAUGGUCUGCAAAGCAGUACUGCCCAAAAGAUUCUUAUAUUGUUAAAUUACAUUAUAUGACAAUUUGCUAUAAAGUGAGAUUUUAAAUUCCACAAUGAACUGUUUUUAAUGACAUGGAGAUAAUCUGCCAACCUGUAGUAGAAAGAAUGUGCAAAGGCAAACAAGCAUGUUGGUAUUAGGGGAACCAUGCUGCUGCUUUUUGAGUUCUAGAACUGAAUGGAUGAAAUAACAUAAACGACCUUGUAGAAUAAAAGCCACUAUGUGAAAAUGACUGCAAUUUACCACUUAACUGUGGCUGCUCUUCUGAUAGGUGCUUGAAUGUUUCUGCCAAAAAUGGCAAUUUCACAAUUGUGAAACAUUAAUGAUUCUGCAUAUGAGGCUUUUGGAUUUUUUUUUUUGCUUGUUCUUCCCCUCCUUACCCCUUUUCCUUGUCCCUUUUCCCAUGGGACAGGGAAAAAUGAAUCUUUUGUAUUUAUUUGCUUGCAGGGGUAAAUUUACAUAUAUGUGGAGAGCUUUUUCUUGUUGCUGCUCCUUUUACUGACACUUUAUUUUUGCUAAGGGAAGUAGUGAAAUACUUAAAAGGUAACUCCUCCUUUUUCUACUAAAAACGUGGAACCUUGUUACACAACUGUGUUGAAUGUAGUGUCAUACACUUGAUUCAGUUUUGACUUUCCAGACAUUUUCUGGAAAGGGCAGAAGGAUCACUUUAUUUUUUCAGGUUGAUUCCCACUGCUACAAAGUCACUGCUUGUUCCUUUUAACUGUUACGUUUUUUAAAAUGGAAUGACAAAUAGUUUCAUUGUCAAAGGACAGCUAAUUGUUUGAGAAAUUGUCAAAGUAUAUCUAUAUAAUAAGUGUUUGGUCAGCAGGCUGUUUAAAAACUCCUGAAAAAAAAAAAAAGCAGGGCUGGCUUUAAGACUUACUAAUUGAUAUGAAAAAAAAUAAGUUCCCAUAAAGUUUUGGGUUUGAGGUUUAGUGUAGUUGUUUACUGCUCAUUAAACCAAGAGUGUCUUAGAGUAACUAAGUGUGAUAAUUUUCUUUUUCAGACUAUCAAACUUGAACAUGUCCUGAGUUUCUUUAGUUUACAGUAUCUAAGUAUAGAGAAGUUAUUAGUUGUAAGUGGUAACAGCAAUCUGAUUAUUUUUCCUAGCUGUGAAAAGAGAACAUAUUAAAUCUCAGUCAUCUGUCAUAUUUAAGGUACGAAAAUAGCUGUAUCUGUUAAGCACGUCUGCUACUAACAAUUACUCCUGGUUUAGGUUUACUUCUUCAUGUAAAGCAAGUGGCACUGGGGGGUAAAUAAACAAACCAACACUAGUAGAACAUGGCAUGCAUCUUAUCAAGAGAUGAAAUUAUGUUGCAGAUCUUACAUUAAUUACUCUUUAAUGCACUAUAACAGGCACUUCGGUGUUAGGAUUACUCUAGCGGCCUAGGGAAAACUACAUGUGAGCUUUGUUUUUAAUUAAUGUAAGUGUGUUGGGUUUACACAGCAAGGGUUUGGUAGCAGGGGAGCUGCAGGGGUGUCCUCCCUGAGCAGAGCCCAGCAGCUGCCCCAUGUCAGAUCAGAGCCAGCUCCAAAGGGUGCAUGGAGGGGAGGUGUGUUUGGUUUGCUUUUGGUUUAUCACUGCUCUGCUCUGCUAGUGAUAGGUGGUAAAUUAUAUUAAUCUCCCUAUGCUGAGUCUGUUUUGUCUGUGAUGGUGAUUGACGAGUGAUCUCCCUGUCCUUAUCUCAACCCUGAGCCCCUUUCUAUUUUGUCUUCUCCCCUUCUUCCUUUGAGGAGGGGGAAUGAGAGCAGCUAUGGUGGAGUUCAGCUGCCCAUCGAAGUGAAGACACCACAGUCCUUCCUGGCACCAAACUGUGGACUUGAGGAGUUUAAGAUAAGGGCAAUAAUUGGGAGAGAUAGCAGGCAAAAUAUGGACUGAAUGUUGUUAAAGAAUGUGAUAAUUGUGGAGAGUGUGAUGUUGUAACACGGGAGAGAGAUGAAGGUGGAUUAUGUAUAAAUUGUCCACCUUUGUCAGCGUUGUUAUGAUGAUCGGUUGAUUUUUGGCGUGGGAAAUUUUCUGUUGAUGUAGAUGGAGUUUGUGAAGCUUGCGUGAUGAAUUCGAUGAAUGUAUAUUUUAGUUAUAUUCUUAAAUUUGCUUUUCAAAGAGGUAAGGGGUGGAACUCCCCUAAGCAGUGAACUCUAAGUUUGCAAAAAAGGAAUUAAUCUCUUUCCACAGGUCUCAUUUAUAGCUGAUAGUGUCGAUAUUAUGCAGCCCACCUGAUGCAUACAUAGUACUGUGGUAUAGGGUUGGUAAGCGUACAUUCCUGUGAGAGUGUCUUUAAAAGCAAGAAGAGGAUUAUCUGUGCUUAACAUAAUAAUAUAAAAAGACUCAGAAGUAAAAGACCCUGGUAGAAAAGUUUAGUUGAUAAAUAGGAAUAUAUGCAAUUGACCCCAUGGGUGAUGAUCUUUCAGCUGCUUUGGUUACACUUAUUCACACGAAUCUAACGCUAGGCGGCUGGCACAGCUUCUGGGCUCAAAGACCAAAACUUACAGCCCUGGUACACCUUUGUCUUUCAGGUAUUACAUCAUGCUUAUGCCAUUCUGUGUUUUCCCCCUUCAGAGCUGUCACAGGCACAUGUGCACAUAAACAUCAAUACACAAAGUGUAUAUUCAUAUUCACACAUAAAUGCAGCGUUGAAAAUAAUGUAAUACUGACUCAUUAUCACUGGACCAACAAUUGAAUGUGAAACGUGGUUAUCUGCAGAAAUACUCUGAGUCACUGAGUAACAGCUGUGGAAUUUGAGCUCCUCUCUUUCAGUAACGUAUGUUGGGGAAGUAUUGAGCAAUUUGUGCUUUGCUGGGGUGGGACCUUCAGUCUUUCAAUUGUAAGAAAUAACAACUGCUACUCUUUGGCUCUGUUACUUAGAAUUUGAUGUGAAGUACAUUAAAUCUCCAGGUUUUACUUGUCUGCAAACAAAUGCCUUUCUGCAGAUGUGAUGCAAGAAAUGUUGCAGAUGGCUGAACCUUCAGAGCAGCUUUAGAUCCUGCCUCACACUUAACGGCAGUGUUGUGCUUGAGACAACCUAGCACUUAAUGAUUUGAGUACAGUUUUUGCUCUCCUGAGUAGCCAGUGUCAAUAAAAAGUUUCAGCAUU